GCAGAACUGGGGAAGCCCCAGAGAAACUGCUACACCCUGCCAGGCUUUGAUUUUUCAUAUGGGCUGUACUUCGGACGGACAGACGGAGGGGUCUCUGAAGCAAUAGGCCACUGGAACACGGUAGAGCCCAGUGCUAAUUUACAUCGGAACACUGCCCGAGACUUCAUCACCAUGAACCGUGGUGCUCUGAAGGCUGGUUACACCACAGCCCGUGAAUUUAAUUUGUACUACAAGGCCAAGGACAUUCGACGCAAAGAUGCUGGAUACAAUCGCUUUGAUAGAUCUCCUCCUAAAGUACCUCCAGACAUGACCUAUGGCGUCCCACCACGGCCUUCCACUCCCAUGUUUGACCUCCUUCAACACAGAUACAAGGAGCUGUGGAUGGAGCAGCAGAGAGCACUGACAGUAGCAUUGCGAGAGAACAUGAAAAAGUCCAAAAAAAACAAAGUGCGUGAAAAUCGGACCACACUUCUGCGAAAAAAACCACCACCUGCAAAGGAGGAGUCCUUCUGGCACCUGCCCCACUUCGAGAAGGUUGGGCCUCAUCUCAGUACUUUUCCAGACAGUGACGCUCGUAAAAAGGCGUUCAGUGCCUCCCAUUGA